AUGGACGAUGUUCAGGCGCCCAAGGUCGGGGGUUCCAUCUGGAAGUUGCUCUCCAGCGUGGGCGUAGAGAUGCGCGGUGCCGAGCCUGUACCGGUUGAGAAGCGGACCGACACUCAGUUCGCCAACGUCUUCUACAUCUUUGCGACGUCCAUGACGAGCUUGCUGCCAAUCGGUAUCGGCUCAGCUACUACCCUUGGCUUUGGUAUGUCACUGAAGGCUGCGGCAUGCAUGAUUGUCUUCUUGCAGUUCUUCUUUGGCCUACCGACCGCUUACAUCGUGACGAUUGCUCCGUUGACGGGCAUGAGACAGAUGAUUCAGUCCCGAUACUGCUUUGGGAAAUACUGCAAUUUCUUAACCUCUGUCAUCGUCACUCUUACCGUCGGCGGCUUCGCCGUCACUGGCAGUAUCAAUGGGGGCCAGUGUCUCGCUGCUGUCAAGCCCGGCACCCUUCCCGUUGAGGGCGCCAUAUCCAUCAUCAUGGUCAUUUCCCUCGUUAUAGGCUUCAUGGGCUACCGUGUCAUGCAUCUUUUCACCCGCUGGGCAUGGAUCCCGAGCUUGCUGGCCAUUUUCAUUCUCGUUGGCGCUGCCGGCGACCAACUCUACCAGCAAGGCGCUCCUCGUGCUCAUAGUGCCAAGGACUACAUGGGCAUGGUCGCCUUCGCUGCUGGCAACAUGGUGACCUGGAGCAACGUGGCGGGAGACUAUGCGUGCUAUAUGCCCCCCACAGCGCCGCGCUUUCGCAUCGCCAUGUACUGCCUGUUCGGAAUCGCGCUGCCCUUCUCGCUUCUCAUGACCCUCGGCGCGGCCAUUGGAGGCGCUGUACCCAGCAUCCCCGCCUGGGCGGCCGCCUAUGAACUGCACGGCAUCGGCGGCGUCAUCGGCACCAUCCUCACCGGGCGACUGGGCGACUUCGGACGCUUCAUCCUUGUCAUGUUGGGUAUGUCGGUCCUAGCGACCUGCGCGCGAGACGUUUAUACCAUAUCUUUCAACAUCCCGGCGUUCGCACCUAUUGCGCGCAAGGUGCCGCGUGUGGUCCUCGCGAUUCUGGCCACGGCCGCCAUCAUCGGAAUCGCCAUUCCCGCAUCUAAGUCCUUCGUCAGCUCUGUGACGGCCUUCCUCAGCAUCAUCGGGUACUACGCCGGCGCGUCCGUGACGUGCUUCCUGACCGAGUGGCUGUACUUCCGCAAGGCCGACCCGGCGAGCUUCGAUCCGGCAAUCUGGGACGACGGGCGGGCGCUGCCGACGGGGCUGAGCGCGCUGGCGUCGGUGCUGAUUGCCUGGGGCUUUAUUAUUCCUUCCAUGAAGACGACAUGGUACACGGGGCCGAUUGCGGAGAAGACAGGCGAUCUUGGGUUCGAGUUUGCAGUGGUGAUUGCGCUAUUGGCGUAUAUUCCUAUCCGGACGGCGGAGAUCAAGAUCAGGGGCCGGCUCUGA